AUGUCGCUCUCGCACAAGGACUUUAGCAGAGCAGAGAGUUGGUCCAUGUGGGUCAAAGUUAAGAGUUGAAUUACCUUUUCUUGUCUAAUAAUGGUGCCAAACUAAAUAUGAUUUAAUAUGUAUUAUAACACAGCGUCUUAGUUGAUUUAUAUCAGUAUAACCAGCAGAAUGAGGCUUUGUUUUGGUGUUAAAACGCAGCAGCUGAUCAGCAGAGUCUUCAGUCGUCCAGUCAAUCGAUCAGCAGUGCGAUGGAGAGCAGCUCAGACCAGACUCGCCUGCAGCUCCUCGACAGGUGAGGAGAAGCCCCGCCCCUCCAUGCUGCGACACCUGACCUUCAAAAUAAAAGCCACGGGUCCGAUCACGGUGGCGGAGUAUAUGAGAGAGGUGCUCACCAACCCGGUGACGGGUUAUUAUGUGAGGAACGACAUGCUGGGACCUGACGGAGAUUUCAUCACCUCACCAGAGAUCAGCCAGAUAUUCGGAGAGCUGCUCGGCGUUUGGAUCGUCAGCGAGUGGAUCGGAGCCGGUCGACCCAAACAGCUGCAGCUGGUCGAGCUCGGACCUGGAAAAGGAUCGUUGGCCGUCGACGUCCUCCGAGUGUUCGGUCAGUUGCGGUCCAUAGUGGGCGGAGCCUCGCUGUCCCUCCACCUGGUCGAGGUGAGUCCGGUGCUGAGUCGUCUUCAGGCACAGAAUCUGACCGGCAGCCGCAGCCGGGAGGCCGACGCCGAGGAUGAGCCGGUGUACCGCCGCGGGGAAACCGCCGCCGGGGUGCCGGUGUCCUGGUACCGCCGCUUAGAGGACGUCCCCACAGGAUUCAGCAUCUUUCUCGCUCACGAGUUCUUUGACGCUCUGCCGAUCCACAAAUUUCAGAGGACGCAGAAGGGCUGGAGGGAGGUGAUGGUGGACAUCGACCCGGAGAAGUCGGAGCAGCUGAGGUUCGUCGUGGCGGCAUCUCCCACUCCGGCCUCGUCCACGCUCGUACAGGCGGAUGAGAGGCGGGGUCACGUGGAGGUGUGUGCGGAGGGCGGGGUCGUGGUGCAGCAGCUGGCCCGGCGGAUCGUGGAGGACGGCGGCGCGGCGCUGAUCGCCGACUACGGACACGACGGAACCAAGACGGACACGUUCAGAGGUUUUAAAAGCCACCGGCUCCACGACGUCCUCUCCUCGCCCGGCUCGGCCGACCUCACCGCCGACGUGGAUUUCGGCUUCCUGCGGAGGAUGGCCGGAGGGGGCGUGGCCUGUCUGGGACCCGUCACCCAGCGGACAUUCCUAAAAAACAUGGGCAUCGACUCACGAAUGCAGGUUCUGCUGAGGAACUGCAGCGACGCGUCCACCAGGCAGCAGCUGAUCGGCAGCUACGACAUGCUGACCAACGGCGCCAAGAUGGGCGAGCGCUUCCACUUCUUCGGCCUGCUGCACCACAGCCGGCUGGCCAAACCCACCAGACCAGAGGGGCUGAAGCUGGAGAAGAAGAGCCCGGCGCCGCUGCCUGUGGCCGGGUUCACUGAGCUCAGCUUCUCCUGAACACUGUCAUGGAUGGAGCUCGGACAGAAGAUCAUGUUCAUGGGACGAUGCUGUUUUAGAUUUAGAAAAGAAGAACUAAUUCUAUGUCCAACAUGAAGCGAGCUAAAAGGACGCAUCUCUUUAAGUUAACUGUGAAGACGUUUUGAUAUAAAGAUGUAAGAAAAUGAAGAAUUUGUGCAUUUAUUGUUCAA